AUGGGCCCUACGCUUGAAUUCAAGUCCCAUGUAAACACUUGUAUUAAUAGAGCCAAGGGCGUCUUGGCUUUCAUCAAACGUUUUGCUAAAGAAUUCAGAGAUCCUUAUAUCACGAAAGCUCUCUGCACCUACCUAGUCGAGUCGGCUCCNUUAGCCGGUGUGCGUCUCUUGAGAGUCACUAUACCCACGUAUAAAUUCCGCGGUGAAUCAGCUAUGCUUGAAUGUCAGUAUGAGUUAAAUCGCACAGCACCACCGUAUUAUGGUGGUGCUGGUAUCAGCGGUGGAAAUGAAUUUACAGUUGCUGGUGCCAACAACCGCCAUCGCAGCCACACACGCUCACGUGCGCGCGCACACGCACGUACACGCUUUGGCAAUAAUAUGAAACUGUCUAACACACAUACCCUGGUUGAAACGAAGUCGAAACAUAGGCGCAAUAAACGUCAAUACUCAUACCAUUCGGGUCGAAUGCAAACGCACGAGCAGCAACAAGAACAGCAACAGCAACAGCACCAUCAGCAAUACCAGCAACAUUAUCAAACAUAUGCGUAUCAGCCAUCGCAAAGUUAUGCCACCAGCAGUAGUAGCAGCGAUAUUGGCAACAGUGACACUAACAGCGACGUCAUUUCUUACCAGCAAAAGCAGCAACAAAAAGAGGAAGAAGAGGAGCAGCGCUAUCCCUACCAAACGCAGCGUUCGCCCUACGGUCAUAGUGUUUAUCGUGGUGCUGCCUUCAGUCAGGCGCUUGGCAUUCCCGGAUUCAGUAACAGCGGCGUGAGCAGCAGCAGCAGUAGGACGCAUGUUGGCGCAAGCACCUACACCAGCAGCGGUUCACGCGGUACAUUGGCGGAGGUCUCGUCACGACGACACAAUUUCGCUGAUGGCACUGCCGAUGAUGAUGAGGAAGACGGCGAGGAGGAGGAGGAGCAGGAGGAGGAGGAAGAGGGCGAAGCAUUGUAUGCUAUAAAGUGGUACAAGGACAAUGAGGAGUUCUAUCGCUUUGUGCCCAAGGCGCGCCCGCAAAAGACAAGCUAUCGCUUUGACGGCAUACGUGUUAGUGAAGAACACUCGGAUAGCUGGCGUGUACUAUUGCGUGGUUUAGCGAUCAAUUCGUCGGGUCUAUAUCGUUGCGAAAUCUCUGCUGAGUGGCCAAAUUUUUCAUCGGUGCAGGGAGAGGGCCAUAUGGAUGUUGUAUUUUUGCCACGCGAUGGUCCCUUCAUUCGCGGUCAACAAACUCAGUAUCAAAUUGGUGAUACUUUGAGCUUAAAUUGUACUUCGGGGAAAUCACAUCCGGCAUCACGGCUGCAAUGGCUCAUCAAUGACCAACCGGUGCUCGACGAAAGCUAUCUGAUAGCCUACAAUGACACCGUACACAAACAUGGCCUCAUAACGUCAAUGCUCGGCCUUGAGUUGACAGUUGAUGGACGUCACUUUCAGGAUGGUACGAUGCGUGUUAAAUGCUUGGCCAGCAUAUCACCAGCGCUUUGGAGUGGUGACAAGGAGAGUGUGCUGCAGCGUCGCCGUGGCACCAUCGACAAUCGCGAAGCUAUGCUACUAGUACACGGUUCUGCUGCUCGCCUAUAUCCUUUGAGUAAUUUUCGUAGCAGUUUACGUCUACUCCUCAGCGUCGCAAUACUAACAAUAAUAUGUCAAUUACUAUUGGGCACCGAACUGACCUAAAUUGCAGCAAAAUAAUCAUAUACGCACACUAACACAAUAAAGGAAGUCAAUAAAUUUACUAUGUGUGGAACUAAGUAUUUAGUGUAAUUUUAACUUGUGUUUAAAGAGAACACAUCACAGUUCAAAGGUAAAUUGAACAUAAUGCAGAAAUAAUAGCCACAGUGGAAAAACCUGGUGUUGAAAUACAUACUAACUUUAAAAGCAACAAGGCAACAAUUAUAAUUGUACGCAUAAUUUAAAAAAAAAGG